AUGGAAAUACUUCCGACCUUUAUCGCAAAGGCAAUUUCUUCACGUAUCGACACACACUAUCCCCUUAUUCACACAAAAGAGUUAGACUAUGGAACAUCUGGUAUACGGACAAAAGGUGCUGUUUUACCGCCAGUUUCUGCACGUCUCAUAUUUAUUGCAGUGCUUCGUUCCUGGUCAUGUGGAUUAAAUUCUUCAAGCGAGCUUGUUAAAGAACGUGGAAGUAGCAUUGGUUUUAUUAUCACUGCUUCACAUAAUCCAUCAGAUGAUAAUGGCUUCAAAAUUAUCGAUUCAGACGGUGCGAUGUUGAAAUCUUCAUGGGAGAAAUGGUGUAAAAAAGCUGUUAAUGCAAAAUCCGGAGGUGAUUUAAUAAAUGUACUUAAAGAAUGCAUUACUGAGGAGAAUAUUACUUUUCCUUCAAAAAUUCCGAGUUCUUAUGGAUCUAUCUUGUUUGGUCGAGAUACAAGGGAGACAGGAUUGUGUAUUUUUGAUUCAGCAAAAGAUAUGCUUGAUAUUUUUUUAAAGGUUCCUUACACAGACUACGGCAUUGUAACAACACCCGAGUUGCAUUAUAUUGUAUGUAAGUUUAAUCUGGAGCUUCAAAAAGCAAUACCGGCAGCGAUUAACAUUGAUUCAUACCACCAGUGUAUUUUAAAUGCUUUUGAUCGUCUUAUGAGUCUACGUUUAAAUGGAGCGCCUAUAAAUCAACACAACCUCGUCAUCGAUACCUCCAAUGGAGUAGGUUAUCAUGGCAUGAAGCGUCUUAUUUCUUUUUCUGAGAGUAUUAGUGAUCAUGAUAUCCUAAAAAAAUAUUUCAAUAUUAUUUUGCUAAACACAAAUGUCGAACAAAGUAAUAAAUUAAAUGAUCUAUGCGGUGCCGAAUUUGUCCACAAAAAAGAUAGUCCAUCUGACGAAAUGAAUCAGUGGGCUGUUGUGAAUCAUAAAGAAAAAAAUUAUUCGCAUUAUUACAGUUUAGAUGGGGACGCUGAUCGUUUAAUUGCACUCAACUACAAUUCUUUGCCAAGCGAGAGAGGUAAGUGGUGGAACAUUAUCGAUGGAGAUCGCAUAUCUGUUCUUUAUGCUUUACUUUUACACAAAUGGUUAGGUGAUGACGUUAUGGAGUUGUUAGAUGUUGGUAUUGUUCUAACAGGAUAUUCCAACGGUGCCGUAACAAGGUUUAUUGAGGAAACGCUAAAGAUGAAGACGUAUGUAACCGCGACAGGCGUGAAGAACUUGCACCCCGUUGCGCAUAAGCUUGAUAUUGGGAUUUAUUUCGAAACAAAUGGACAUGGAACUGUGCUAUUUCGUGAUGGUCUUGAGAAGAAAUUAGAGGGUAGAAUAUCAACUCAGAAGGCUGAAUUUAUUUAUCUCAUACUAAAGACUGUUCCUUUGCUGCUUUCUCAGGUUUGUGGAGAUGCAAUUGCAGAUAUAUUAAUGUGCGAAGUCGCUUUAGAUGCGUUGCAAUUGUCUCCUCUUCAGUGGAUUCAAGUGUAUGAUGCUAGACCAUCCAUUCAAUCUAGAAUAUCCUUACCGGAUUCCUCCGUUAUUACUACUACUAAGGUACAAACUCGCGUAAUUACCCCUAAAGGGCUUCAAGAUGAGAUCGAUGAUAUUAUAAACUCUUUAGAACAGGAAUUUCCUAGUAAAGAUCGAGAACAAGGGAUGACUCGUGCUUUUGUGCGUCCAAGUGGAACAGAACCGGUUGUUCGGAUUUAUGCUGAAACAAGUACCAAAAACACCUGUAAAGUGCUGGAAGAAAAGGUAAGAGCUGCAGUUAUCAAAUAUUGUUCAUAA